AUUGUUGUACUACAACAUGGGCAUCACCUUUCAGCUAAAAUAAACAGUCAAUUUCUGCUGUUGUGGGCCUUUAACCAUCUGUCUGACUUUGUCGUUCACACAGGAGAGAGACGUGAUUAUCAUGGAUCCUAUGGGGAGCCUCAACAACAUCAUGAAGCUGAGGAGGCAGAGAAGAGUCGCACAAGAUCAGAACACCUCAAGAAACACCAGCGGAAACCCACAGGGAAGAAAUCUCACCACUGCUCUGACUGUGGGAAGACAUUUUCAAGAUUAUAUACAUUACAAUCACACCAGAGAAUUCACACUGGAGAGAAACCUUUCAGCUGCGAUCAAUGUGGGAAAAGUUUUGUUACAUCUGGCUGUCUGACUAUACACCAGAGAACACACACAGGAGAGAAACCUUAUAGCUGUGGUCAAUGUAAAAAGAGUUUUGUUACUUCUAGCUGUCUGACUAUACACCAGAGAACACACACAGGAGAGAAACCUUAUAGCUGUAAUCAAUGUGGGAAAAGUUUUGUUUCAUCUAGCCGUCUGACAAUACACCAGAGAACACACACAGGAGAGAAAUCUUACAGCUGUGAUCAAUGUGGGAAGAGUUUUGUUUCAUCUAGCCAUCUGACUAUACACCAGAGAAUACACACAGGAGAGAAAGCUUACCACUGCUCUGACUGUGGAAAGAGUUUUUCUAUCUCAGGAAAUUUUAAAUCACACCAGAGAACACACACAGGAGAGAAAUCUUAUAGCUGUAAUCAUUGUGAGAAGAGUUUUGCUCAAUCAAGCAACCUGAUAGCACACCUGAGAAUACACACUGGAGAGAAACCUCACUGCUGCUCUGACUGUGGGAAGACCUUCUCAAAAUUAUAUACAUUACAAUCACACCAGAGAAUUCACACUGGAGAGAAACCUUAUAGCUGCUCUGACUGUGGAAAGAUCUUUUCAAAAUUAUAUACAUUACUAUCACACCAGAGAACACACACAGGAGAGAGGCCUCAUCGCUGUAAGCAAUGUGGGAAGAGUUUUAUUCGCUCAAGCUGCCUGAUGGUACAUCUGAGAAAACACACAGGAGAAAAAUCCUUUAGCUGUGAUUAAUGUGGGAAGAGUUUUACAAAAUCUAGCUAUCUAACUAUACACCAGAGAAUACACACAAGAGAGAAACCUCAUAUUUGUGAUCAAUGUGGGAAGAAAUACUCUGGUAAAAGAUCUCUGAUCAAACAUCAGAAAAUACAUGCUUGAAGGAGUUGUUUCAUGAUAUCAAUGAAAUAAUGUCACAAUGUAGAAUGUUUUUAACAUUGUAGUAGGAUUAUUUAAAUGAUGUCACAAUGUAGAAUGUUUUAACAUUGUAGUAGGAGUAUUUUAAUGAUGUCAUAAUGUAGAACCCUAAACAAAUUUUGCCCCCUUUUCUAUUGAUUUCAGUAUGAUAUGGAUAUUAGCCUCAUCAGGGGAAAAAUCCAGGCUCUGAAAUGAAAGUACUAUUUGUGAUUAACAAGAAAAAGUGUUGCUUUACACUUACUGCAUUGGCGACCCACUUGAAUCAAAAUGCAACACUUCAAAAUGUGGCUGUUUUCUACAAAUUGACCUCUAACCGGUGAUGUACACAUUAUUCCCAGAUUCCGUGUGUUUUUUGAGCUGUUAGUUUUAUCAGGCUGUGCAACGUCAUCUCCCCCUCUUGUGCAAUUGAUUUCAACGUGAUGUUGAUGCGAGUGAUGCUAAAUAUGUGUUGUGUUUCUCUUCGAUUUGGGGACCGUGAAAUUUAAAUGCGUCACUCCAAAAUGUAGCUGACUGUCUUCUGCAGGUUGUCCUCUAACCAGUGAGGUAAAAUAUACCUCCCAUUUCCAUGUUUUUUUUAGUUGUUAGUUUCAACAGCACGAACAACCUGAUUUCCCCCCUAAUAGAUAUCAGUGAUUUAUUCCCAGUUGUCAAAACAACAGCGUUUUAGAUGCUUGUUUUUUAUUUUGUUUAUUUAUUUAUUUAACAUUUAUUUAACUAGGCAGGUCAGUUAAGAACCAAUGUUUAUUUUCCAUGACGGCCUAGGAACAGUGGGUUAACUGCCCUAGGAACAGUGGGUUAACUGCCCUAGGAACAGUGAGUUAACUGCCCUAGGAACAGUGAGUUAACUGCCCUAGGAACAGUGGGUUAACUGCCCUAGGAACAGUGAGUUAACUGCCCUAGGAAAAUUUGGUUAACUGCCCUAGGAACAGUGAGUUAACUGCCCUAGGAACAGUGGGUUAACUGCCCUAGGAACAGUGAGUCAACUGCCCUAGGAAAAAUUGGUUAACUGCCCUAGGAACAGUGAGUUAACUGCCCUAGGAACAGUGAGUUAACUGCCCUAGGAACAGUGAGUUAACUGCCCUAGGAACAGUGAGUUAACUGCCCUAGGAACAGUGAGUUAACCGCCCUAGGAACAGUGAGUUAACCGCCCUAGGAACAGUGAGUUAACCGCCCUAGGAACAGUGAGUUAACUGAUUUUUACUUUGUCAGCUCAGGGAUUCAACCUUUCGGUUACUAGUCCAACGCUCUAACCAAUAGGCUACCUGCCGCCCCUACACUCUAACCAAUAGGCUACCUGCCGCCCCUACACCCUAACCAAUAGGCUACCUGCCGCCCCUACACUCUAACCAAUAGACUACCUGCAGUCCAUACACUCUAACCAAUAGGCUACCUGCCGCCCCUACACUCUAACCAAUAGACUACCUGCCGCCCAUACACUCUAACCAAUAGGCUACCUGCCGCCCCUACACUCUAACCAAUAGGCUACCUGCUGCCCCAAACUGCUUGUGCAGUUUAUAAGGUGCUCAUAAAAAAAAAAACAUGAUUAUUGUUUCAGAUGUUUGUGUAGAUAGUACAUUUUAUGUUUAGGUUUUCAAUAUCACAAACUGUUUCUGCGUAUUGGUUAUUGAUUUGGACCCAUUAAAACUGUUUUGACAUUGGGCUAGCCCUCAAAAUGUUAUUGAUUUGGACCCAUUAAAACUGUUUUGACAUUGGGCUAGCCCACAAAAUGUUAUUGAUUUGGACCCAUUAAAACUGUUUUGACAUUGGACUAGCCCACAAAAUGUUAUUGAAAAGAUGACAAUGUCCGACGUCCAACAUUCAGUUUUGGUUGAGAGUGAAAAUUGAAAAUGCCGGGGGGUUUUUUAUUUAUUUUUUAGGUCGUUGAAAAUACGUUUUUUUCAUGUCUUUGAAAAACUAUAUAAUGACGUCAAGACUACGUUCGGUUUUGGUUGAAUGUUGAAAAUACCUAUAUUUCAAGUCGUUGUUUCAAACAUCUUAAAACAACUUAAUUUCAACCUACUUGCAGCCUAUAAAAUUGGACGCAGUUUACAAAAUCGGUCUAUGAACAGUUUUAUUAACAAUCAUACAUCACUCCCAAUAUUUACACACACAGUAUUUCUUUACAACAUUCAAAUGCUAAUUGUCUUUAUUCCACUACUGAAUAAGCAUGACUCAAAUCACCUCAUAUUUCAAACAUCCAGCCUGACAAAAGAUACAUGCUUUAUUAUUCCAUGCCUCACCACUAAGUGAAUUUUUGCCAAUAUAUUUUAACAAAGGGGUGUACAUUCGGUUUUGAUAUUUUCAUAAUAUUUCAAUGUAAUGUAACAUGUAGUAAUCACAAUUAUUUAUGCAACCGACUGACUAUUUCUCGGUACAAUUAUAUUAUUUACAAACAACGAUGUAUAAGAAGCUUAUAUUUUGGACUGGAUAUCUAUCGCAUCUUAUUCUUACUCAAAUCAAAUUUAUUUAUAUCGCCCUUCUUACAUCAGCUGAUAUCUCAAAGUGCUGUACAGAAACCCAGCCUAAAACCCCAAACAGCAAGCAAUGCAGGUGUAGAAGCACGGUGGCUAGGAAAAACUCCCCUAGAAAGGCCAAAACCUAGGAAGUAACCUAGAGAGGAACCAGGCUAUGAGGGGUGGCCAGUCCUCUUCUGGCUGUGCCGGGUGGAGAUUAUAACCAGAACAUGGCCAAGAUGUUCAAAUGUUCAUAAAUUUCAACCUGACAGGAUGUCAGUCCUGUCUGGUCUUACUAUUUUAUUCAAUGCCAUUUUCUUAGAAUGCUCAUUAGUCUUUCAGGUUUCAUAAUGUUUGUGUUUUUUAUUAGUCUUUUCCUGUGAAGUCAUUACAUCCAUGUCUGAAAUGUGCUGUAUAAAUAAAACAUGAUUUGAUUUAAACAUAUUGCAAAAACAAAUGAACAAAUCCAGUGCCGUAGCAGCAAAACUCACUGUCCUCUCUGAAACGUCCUCUCACUGUCAACUGCGUUUAUUUUCAGCAAGCUUAACAUGUGUAAAUGUUUUCUUAUGAACAUAACAAGAUUCAACAACUGAGACAUAAACUGAACACGUUCCACAGACAUGUGAUUAACAGAAAUGCAAUAAUGUGUGGCCAUGGCAGAACACUGACAUUCCUGUCUUGCAGGAAAUCACGCACAGAACGAGCAGUAUGGCUGGUGGCAUUGUCUUUGUGUAACCAGAUGUCAUAUCUGUUACGCCCGCUAGAGACAUUUUCCUUUAUGACAUCAUUUGUAAUCAAGGUAUGAUUCAUUCUGUGUAUAUGUAAUUCAGUGUGAUUAGUUAGGUAUUUAGUAAAUAAAUAAUUAAACCCAAUUUUGUAUUGCUGAUUAAACUUGUUAGCCAGGGUUAGUGAAGAUAACCAAGAAUUUACAACUUUCAGAUGAGACUGAAAUUAGGUGACGAUUAAUAUUGACGGCUAUUGAUGUAAAAUAUUACUAGGACUUUAAGAGUUUAUUCGGAAGAUAACUGCU